ACAGUUUAUCCCUUUUCAGUGCGCAUGGAAACCGUGACGUCAUAAGUAAAUUAAUGGCCGCUAGCGGCCAAUAAUCGUCAAAAUGAAAGCAUUGUGUUACUUAAAACAUAAAGCUCGUUAAAUCAAUCGUUGAAAGGAUAUUUUGGUGAGGGCAUGGACGAUGAUUCGUUUUGAGCAAAGAAACUUCGAUCUUCAAGGCACCGAAAAGGUCUUUAAGAAAGUGGUGCACUCAGGGCAGAAUGCAAUACGACUGGUCGACAAGGAUGGCGUCCCAUUGCGAACACCCAACAACCUCACAUUCUCUCGUCUUCACAGCACCUACACCCUUACUCCGCGGGGUGUGCCCACACGCAAGUCCAACCAUGCCUACAGUGGUCAGCCUGCGCAGGCCAAGAUGCAGACCUUGGUCAACAGCCUUGACACUUCAUCACAAGAAAUGGAUUCUUACAAUGCAUUAAAUGGAUAUGGAAAGAGGCUCAACUCUGCGGGGUCAUCUCGGCAGUACCAGUCCACGGCAGGAUCCAGCAAGAAGAAGGCCAAUGAUCCAUCACGCUCCGUGAAGUCAUUCGACAAAAGUGCAACCAGAGAGAGGACUAGAUUGCUGGUUUCUGCUCCGUCUGCUGAACAGAUGAUCGAUCCCAACGGUGAGAAGAGCAACGAGAGUCCACAAGGGAAGCGACUGGAAAAGGAGUGGUCUGCCCUGUCACAGUGUCGAGCCUUGAAACGCUCAUCUGAGAUUGUCUCCCAUCGUGUGGACCGUAUGUACUUUAUGACAGGCAACAAGCUACGUCUGCAGGCCAAGUACCAGGUGGACGAUGGCGACAUUCAGCAGCUGAGGGAGCUCCAGCACGCCCGUGAUUCCGCACGAUCCACACGGUCUGGAAGAUCCAAAAAGGCUGACAUGUACAGACCAGAUAGACAUCUGCACAACGGAGGCAGUGUUGAUGCGAACGGUGACCAUGGGGAUGGAGCUGUGCAAGAUGGCAAGAGACUGGGCAGACUUGGUUCAGAGAAUGGACACAUGGAGCCAAGAGAUCCUCAAGUGAUAGUCAGCCAGAAAGUGUUGCAGCCAAAACCAGCCUCCAGACAGAAGAGUCCAUUACUAGGGUGGGGUAGUGGGGAUGCCACCGAAAAGGACACUACAGUCAUUAACGAUAACUUUAAGGAGAAGACACUUCAUGACAAUGAGGAGGCAAAUUACGUCGAAGAUGUUGAUAAAAACGCUGAUGCAAUAAGACCAGAGGAUUCUGGCCAAGAUGUAGUGGAUAGUGAAGAUACUUUGAGAAGGGAGGAGACUGAUGAACAAAGAAGUUCUGGUGAACAAGGUGAUGUCCAACACGAACCAGUGUUUAUUACACAUACUGAAGAUGGGACUGAUAUUUCUAAAGAGACUGAUGAUGUGGCUGAAGUGGCUAAGGAUGCAGUUGAAAAGGGUACGACAGAAGACAAUGGUGUUCACAGAGAAGAUGAACUUUCCGUAAUAAGUGAUAAAGACAAGAUUGAUAUUAAGACAGAAGAUUAUUUACAGUGAUCUUACAACAUGCCCAUGAUUAUCAACUACAUUCAUGAACUUUCUGUUGGCUGUAGAAUAUUUCGUUAUCUACAGAGUGCAAAGAGUAGUUGUAGAUUUGUUAAAGGAUUGCUGUUGGCGAAUGGGGUAUUUAUCCUUUGAGACCAAGUAUUUACAGCACCGUCAUGGCUUUGGUCAUAUAAAUUUUCUAUUAAGAGUAAUAGAUAGUUGUAAAAAUACAGUCUUAAGUUUUUUUUCUCGAAAUUACCAGAUUUUAUUGUUAAUAUAAAAGUAAGUAUUAAUCUUUAAACUUUAUACUUUAAAAUAUUAUUUACGAUGCUUUACCUGUAAUUAAGUAAGAUUUUUAAUGUUUUGUUUAGUUAAUAAAUUAUAAAUUUAAGAUUCAUAAUUUCUAUGCUAAGUUAGCUUUUUAUAAGUUUUACAAUUUGUUUCUGUGAAAACAUAUUAGGGCAUUGGAAAACAGUUUUAAGUAUAAAUACAACUUUUAUAAAACAUGGUAUAAUUGUACUGUUUACUCAAAAUAUCCAGCGCACAACUUUCAACUGGUACAUAUAUGGUUGGCAAGGGAUCUUAAAAUGAGUGGGCAUUUAGCAUUACAGACCAUUUUUAUUUCUUGUAAAUAGGUGCAACCAGUUGAUGCAUUAGUUUGUGGUUUUUUACAAAAAUGGUUAUCAUCAAAGAUUUCGAGUACUUAUAUUCAACCUACUGUUAGUUAUAUGAUGUCAUUCUAAGUUGAUUUACAGGUAGUGUUUUUCAUCUUUCAUGGAACUUUGUAUGUUGUUGAUUAUUUUAUGCCACCCGAAAGUGGGCAUAGAGUGAUUGCAUGUCUGUCUGUCUGUCUGUACGUCACACUUUGCGUUUAGGUUUCGCAAAAUGCUCAUAACUUCUAUGUAGCUUCAGAUGUAACAUUCAUAUUUGGUAUGCAUGUGUAUAUGGACAAGGCCUUUCCAUACGCACACAAAUUUUGACCCCUUUGACCUUAACCCUUUCAGUGCGGGAACCGAAUUUUGAAGGCCUGUGCAAACAGUUUGGAUCCAGAUGAGACGCCACAGAACAUGGCGUCUCAUCAGGAUCCAAACUGUUUGCUAUUCUGAUAGUAUUCUCUGAGAAAAAUCGAAGAAAAUGCUAAUUUUUGAAAUUUAGCAGACAACAUUUUAGCAGACGACAAAUUUCCCAGCAUGCAAAGGGUUAAGAGUCCACAUUGAGGUUUCGAAAUCUGCGUUAACGUUUCGAAAAAGCAUUUUUCUGGGGCAUAUGUCAUCCUAUGGUGACAGCUCUUGUUACUUUGUAAAUUGUUGUUUAUAUUCCAGCAUUGUUCCGUCGUGCCUUGUGAUAUCUGUGAUACAUUUUACAUGUAUAUGCUCAUUCAUCAUGCCUCUACAUGAUUGUUUUUUAAAUAAUUUGCAUAUAAUUACAACAAUCAUAAGUUCAUUUACAUUUGUCCUUCUUUGCCAAACAGCAGGGUUCGCCUCUGCUCUUUGUCACUUACAAACAAUGUGAUUAACAUUUUAAGGGGCCUUUUCACGUUUUGGUAAAUUGACAAAUUAAAAAAAAAAUGUUUCAGAUUCAUUAAUUUUUGUUGUAGUAAUGAUAUUUGUGAGAAAACAGUAAUACUGAACAUUUACCAUGCAUCUUUUGACGAUUUCAAAACCUCAAAAUUAUAAAGCGUUGCAACGCCAAACGAUUAAAAAAUUUGGAGAGUUUUGUUGUUGUCAUUAAAUUUUGUGUAACUACGAGGAUUGCUUAUAUAAAGUUUAAAAUACAACAAUCAUAUUAGGAGCACGGAUGGCCGAUUGGUCCAAGCGAUAGAUUUUUACCCCAGGGGUCAGUGGUUUGAGCCCAGUUGACGGUUACUUUUUUGCCUUUCUUUAAUUUUAGUCUUGUUUUUUACUAGAGCUUUUUAGAUCCAAUCUUUACAUUUAUCAAUAUAAAGCAUUUAAUGACAAACUUUAAUACAUGCAAAAAUCUGUGAAAAGGCCCCUUUAAAUUAUAUUUUUCAUAGUACUCCACUUAGCAUUAUAAUAUUUGGUGUAAGUAGAACUGAUCUAUCAGCCUCGCUUUGAGUGAUACGGGGCUUUAUAUACGUGCCUAAAGUGUCAUAGAUUAAAUCAGGGAUGACAAGUUACUUUCUAAAGUGAAUUUUUGUUACGGAGAAACCUUAGUUAAAUGAAAAAUUCAAUACAAGCAAAAAAUAUAUCUCUUAACCAUUUGUUGUGUGGCAAUUGACUUUAUCUUCUCAAAAACAUAUAUAUUUAUGUCAGUAAAUUAAAACUGAUAUAAUACUGUUUCAACCAGUGAACAUUAACAGUGAAAAUUAUCAUUAAUUUUCACUGUUUUACUGUGAACUGGCGCCAUUUUUUUACGAAAUGAUGUCAUUAUUCCAGCGAACUUCUCCAAUUAAACGGCGAAAUGAGCAUAAAAUAAAAAUAAUUAUAUUGGAUUCAUUGGAAUUUCGAUUUGAAUUCACUCAGCUAAGUUCAUGGAAAAAAUAUAUUAUAUGAUGAAU